AUGGAGGAGAAGGUGGAGAGCGAGCUGCUGAGGGUGUUCGCGCGGAGCGUGUCGAGCAACUUCGAGGACAUAAAGCAGAGCGAGGCGAAGAUCACGGCGCUGUACGAGCACCCCAACCGGGAGGACUACAUCCGGCUGCUCCUCAAGUUUGUUAUGUACCCCUACGAUGAGAAGAACCAAAAGAAGAACCUCUACGACGGAAUGCUAAACAGGAAUGUAAAAAUAGCGGUCAUGAUAAGCAUCAAAAAUUUUGUGAAGAAAAGUGUGCAUAGCAAUUUGGAGAGUCUAGAGUUAAGUCCCGACUUGAGCAUACAGAUUAAACACUUCUGCAUGCACUUCCUCCUAGAUGUGAACAAUGAAGACGUAAGAAGCUUGGACAGAUAUUUCUACGAAAUUCUUCUGUACCUCUUCAAAUUUAGCAUCUGCGACGAUUAUGAUUACCUGCUGUUUUAUUUAAUUACCCUUUACAUUAGCGAUGGAGGUGGAGACAGCGUGGUGCAACUGCUCCACAGCGAUGAGAGGAAGAAGGUAGAUGACACGGCUAAGAUAAUCGACUGCAUUAUGCUGUACGUGAGGAAUAAAGAAAUAAUGGAGGGACUAACGCAGGACAACUUCUUCGUUGAAUAUGCCAAGUUUGUGGCCAAUCUGGAGGAGAUCAAAAAUGUCAUUUGCUGCCGCAAUAAGUCCCUCAACGAUGAUAUUGUAAAUUACAUUAACAAUACGAAGAGGGUUUAUAAGACGAACGACAGGCACAGCUUGUUCCUCCUGAGCGAUUGCACUCUGUAUGGCUUGCCUGGGGUCGGCGUGGCAAGUCUCUCCAACCUCGUUAGCGUAGUCAACGUGGUUAGCGCGGUUAGCGUGGACAAUGCGGCGAACGCGGCUAAUGCGGCGAACGCGGCGAACGCGGCAAACGGGGCAAACGCGGCUGGCGGAGGAAUGGGGGGACCCCAGUUUGACUUCCCCGGAAAGGGAACCAUCGCCAACGAUUACAACGGGAAUGUGAAGCUCGUCCCGCUCGCCACGGCAAUGGCACACUCCUCCCGACACCACAUAAACACCACUCUCUUGCGAAAGAAGCUGAUCGCUAUGAAGAUCAUUAGGAAAAUUGUGAAAAAGUACAAAACGAAUGACUACGUGUCCAAGUACGAUUUGAAGAUAAUCCUCACCCACAUUGAGUUCCCCCUGACGCUGUACUUUGUCUAUUUGUAUGGGAAGUUUUCCGAGUGCAGUGGGUACCUUGCGGAGAAGCUAAACGUGGGAGGGGGAGCAGUUGCCGGUGCGAACGCGCUGCUCACGGGGGGAAGAGCAGAACUGAAGCCAAGUGAAGCCUACCUCCAGAUAAGCAACUGCUUUCUAGCCAUGAACUACCUCCUGCAAAACAUGCACGUGUACUUGAAAGUGUUUUACGCCAUCAUCGGGGUGGACCUGCCCGAGUACUUCGAGGACAACUUCGAGGUCCUCUUCAACAUUUUUAACAACAUGCUUCUCUACGACGUCGGCAUGGUGGCCAACUUCGUGCGCGUCAUGGAGGUGCUGCACGGCGCGGGGGGGGCUGCCCAGUACAGUGCAGGCGGGGCGCCCUACAGCACAGGUGCUGCUGCUUCGUACAGCGGGGGCGCCGCUAAUCUGGCGAGCGGCCAGUUCGCCCCCCCGGAGCUGAGCCCGCAGGAGCUGGCCAAGCUGAGCGGCAACUUCGUGCAAAACGUGCUAAAGUGCAAAGUGAUGCUCGUGGACGUGAUCAAACUGAUCUCCGAGACCUACCAAGAUGAGUCCAAGAAGUACAUCGUCAAGCUGGUCUUUUCCCUAACCCAGCUUCUCUAUUCGGAGGGCGAGAGGAACCUGCUCUGUCACAAUUACAACUGUUUGGCCUCCACCAUCAAGCUCAUUCACCACAUGAACCUGAACAAGAACGACUCGAACCCGUACAAGGAUAAGCAGUUCCUGCAGAAAAUCAUCGAACGGGUUCUACACCACAUCAGGCUUAGAAGAACCGAUAUAGAGGAGAUCCUAGAUGCAGAUCUGGACUACUUUAGGAAUGACCUCAACAAGGUGAACUCCUUUUCCGUCAGAUCGGCCGCCACCCACUUUUUAAAAACCCUCUGCGAUAAUUACUUCGACGCGUGCUUUCCCAUGUUGGAGGUUCGCAUUUUCGCCAAGGACUCCCUCAUGUUUUUUAGCGCCUCCGCCAGUGCGUCCACCAACAGAGCAGAUGCACUAGGCAGGGGGGGAGUCGGAGGAGGUGUUGUUUCUACUGCCAUUUCCCCCUCAACGCAGAUGCAAAACCAGUUUGGAGGCCUCCACCACGGGGGGAGCGCAGCAGAGGAGAGCAACAACCUGCACCAUGUAGGCAUCGACAAGAACGACCCCUUCUACGAGGCGUGCAAUUUGGAGUACAAAAUACAACUAAUCACCUGUCUUGGUCAGGUAAACCUGGCGCAGAACUUUUACGAGCAAAAUGUGCAGCACAUUCUGAAGGAGUUCGUUAUGACGGCCAGGAUGAAGUACCCCGAUGUGGACUCCCUCUGCUACGGGAUCCACGACUACGAUUUUGGCGCUCGCCCGGGGGGGGGUGGCGGCGCAGGUGGGGGUAGCGGCGUAGGUGGGAAUAGCGGCGCAGGUGGGGGUGGCAUCUCAGGUGGGUAUGGAAUCCCCUGCGUUGCUGCGCCCCCAGGGGGGGGUGCCAAGUGCGUGUGGCUGCGCAACGAAGACCUGUUUAGCAAGCAGAACACGAUCUACCUGCUGUCCAUCCUGAAGUUCCUCCUGAACAACAGAAGCAUCUGCAUAGGGUCGAACAACGCGCUGGACGUCUUCGCCUUCCUGCACCACCUGCUAUUCACAGACAAGGUGAUGAUAUACUGUUACGCGUGUCUCUGCAUGAACCGCAUUUUAAACCAACAGAUCAGUAGCGACCUCGUGCAAGCCAUAUUCACCAGCUGCCUCUCCAAAACGCUGACGAGGCUGUUGUUCCUGCUCAAGUACCACGUACACGUGAAGGUGCUAAAUGAAUACAUCUUAAUAACCAUCAUGAGGAUCUUCCUCCUGUGCCCGGAGAAGCUAGCCAAUCUGUAUGUGCCCCUGCUGCUCAUCCUGGACAGCACCAUCAAAACGAUUAUUAACGAUUCGCACAACCCCCUGUUUAACCACUACCUGUUUGAGCUCCUCACCGUGGUCAUCUCCCUCAUAUACAAAUCGCACAACGUCAGUGGCAUUAAUCAAGUGGAGGAGGUGAUCAUUUCUACGUUUUCCCAAAUUCUGCAGAUGUACGUGCACGACUUUAUACCCUACAUCUUCCAGAUACUCUCCAUCAUAGUAGAUAACACCUGCACUGUUCAGAAGAUUCACGUCAAAAUUCUGAGCAACCUAUACGAGAUGGAUCUAUGGAAAAGCACCGUUGGGAAUGUAAACGGGAUCAUUUGUGUGUUGAGGAGCUUCUUUAAAAAGUACCAACUCUUCGAGGAGAUCAUCAAGAGCAACAUGCAGCAGCUGUUUAACAUUUACCACUACUGUUUGUCUAAUAAGAAACUCUCGACCGACUCGUUUCAAAUCAUCCUCAUCAUAUUUACUUACCUCCCGGUGGAGGCGUACAAGACGUUCCUGAAGCCGCUCUUCGUUUUGCUCUUCACCUUCCUCCAGCAGUACAAGAACGACAUCAUCAAGAUCAAGGUGGUGCACGCGCUCUCCGUGCUGGUCCUCAAGACGGACGUCUCGCUCUUCGUCGGCACGGUGGAGCAGAUACACGCCGGCCUGAUCUUCAACGUGCUGAAGAACCUGUACAUGCCGAUCCUGGACAAGCUGAUCAACGUGAACGAGAAGAUCAUCAUCUUCCUGGCGCUGACGAAGAUCAUGAGCAACGAGAAGAUCCGGGGGGAGCCCUUCGUCGUGGAGAUGCUCAGCCUCCUCAACCAAAACAUCACCAACAACGAACUCGUCCUGAAGAAGACCAAGGCCCACCACCAGGAUGUGCAGAAGGACGAGCUCGACAAGAACUUCGAGGUCACCUACGUCAAGCUGCAGAUGAUCAACACGGACAACAUCAACGAGACGGUCCUGCGCGACAUCAACAUCAACCUGGAGCUGAAGCAGAACCUCUACAACUCCGUGUUCAUGCAGAUCUGCCACACCAACGGGUUCAGCAGCAUCCUGCAGCUCUUUUCCAGCUGA